GUCGCUGUGUCUCGCGUGAAUUUGGAGGCACCACAAGGUGCGCGCGGAGCACCUGUUUUCAUCCCUCCGCCAAACUUUGGAUCCGCUGAUCACGCGAGCGCACGCAAAGUAGUUACGCGGGUUACUUGUGUUUACGCUUUGAGGAGUGUAUUUUCAAGUUAACGAAUUUUCGUUUUCAAGGAGAAAUGGGUGUCAUUAUCAUCUUCCAGGUAGGCUAAACGCGUGUUUUAGCGCAGCUUUUUGACCUCCCACUCGUGCUGUGACGUGACUAGAGCGUCUGUAAUAAAUGAAACGCUGAAGCGUCCAGUUGUUCUGCCGCUCCAGCAGACGCGCGUUAUCUCUGUCCCAUGCGUCGGAGCUCUUUCAGACAGGACGGGAGAGGCAGCAAACUACUGGAAUACAUUAUCAGUGAUUCGCUUGAACAAAAUGAGCGGCGGUAAAAGGAUGGAGGAUGAGGCUGUGCUGGACAGAGGGGCCUCGUUACUCAAACACUUAUGUGAUGAGGAAGAAGUUGAAGGUCACCACACCAUAUACAUCGGUGUGCAUGUGCCUAAGAGCUCACGCCGACGGAGACGUCAUCGCCGACGCACCAGUCACAAGGACAGAAAGGAGAAAGUGACUGAGAAUGCUUCGGACAGGUCAGAUGCAGAGAACAAUGAGGAGGCCAGCAACAGCAUCCUCAAACCACUCAUCACACCUGCUGCUGAGCGCAUCCGAUUCAUGCUGGGAGAAGACGAUGACAGUCCUGCGCCCCCUCAGCUCUUCACAGAGCUGGACGAGCUACUGUCUGUUGAUGGCCAGGAGAUGGAGUGGAAGGAAACUGCCAGGUGGAUCAAGUUCGAAGAGAAGGUGGAAAAAGGCGGGGAGCGGUGGAGUAAACCGCAUGUGGCCACGCUGUCCUUACAUAGUCUCUUUGAGCUUAGGACGUGUAUAGAGAAGGGCACCAUCAUGCUGGACCUGGAGGCAAACACUCUGCCAGGGGUCGUCGAAAUGAUCACUGACAGUCAGAUUGAGAACGGUCUCUUGAAAGCUGACCUGAAAGAUAAGGUCAUGUACACCUUGCUGAGGAGGCAUCGGCACCAGACCAAGAAGUCCAAUCUUCGAUCCUUAGCUGACAUUGGCAAGACGGUCUCCAGCGCAAGCAGCCCAACCACCACACAUCGCAACUUGACAUCAAGCAGUCUGAAUGAUAUCUCAGACAAGCCAGAGAAAGAUCAGCUGAAGAACAAGUUCAUGAAGAAGCUGCCCAGAGAUGCUGAAGCUUCCAAUGUUCUCGUUGGAGAAGUGGACUUCCUGGACACUCCUUUUGUGGCCUUUGUGAGGCUGCAGCAGGCUGUCAUGUUAGGGGCACUGACUGAAGUGCCUGUGCCCACCAGAUUUCUUUUCAUUCUUCUUGGACCCAAAGGCAAAGCCAAGUCAUACCAUGAAAUAGGUAGAGCAAUUGCUACCCUGAUGUCUGAUGAGGUCUUCCAUGAAAUUGCGUACAAAGCCAAGGACAGACAAGAUCUCCUCGCUGGCAUUGACGAGUUCUUGGAUGAGGUCAUUGUCCUCCCUCCUGGAGAAUGGGACCCUGCCAUUAGGAUAGAGCCUCCAAAAUCCCUGCCAUCCUCAGAUAAAAGAAAGAACAUGUAUGCUGGAGGGGACAGCACACAGAUGAAUGGAGACACGCCUCACAGCGGUGGACAGGGGGGCGGGGGGCACGCAGUAGGUGAUGAGCUGAAGAGGACGGGGAAGUUUUGUGGAGGCCUUAUUCUUGAUGUCAAAAGAAAAGCCCCCUUUUUCUUCAGUGAUUUCUAUGAUGGACUACACAUCCAGUCUUUGUCUGCCAUUCUUUUCAUCUACCUGGGAACAGUAACCAAUGCCAUCACGUUCGGAGGAUUGCUGGGCGACGCCACAGAGAACAUGCAGGGUGUGCUGGAGAGCUUUCUGGGUACAGCGGUGACUGGAGGCCUCUUCUGCCUCUUGGCUGGGCAGCCUCUGACCAUCCUCAGCAGUACGGGACCAGUGCUGGUGUUUGAAAGGCUGCUCUUCAACUUCAGCAGGGAUAAUGGUUUUGACUACCUAGAGUUCCGUCUUUGGAUCGGUCUGUGGUCGGCCUUCUUCUGUCUAGUCCUGGUGGUCACUGAUGCCAGUUUCCUGGUGCAGUAUUUCACCCGAUUUACAGAAGAGGGCUUCUCCUCGCUCAUCAGCUUCAUCUUCAUCUAUGACGCCUUAAAGAAGAUGCUGAAGUUGGCUCAUUAUUAUCCGAUCAAUUCAGACUAUAAAAUCAAUUACGUCACACAGUAUGACUGCAUGUGUGUGGCACCCACUGAUGUCAAUUCUUCAGAUGUGUACACUGAUCCGCUUGGUUCACUUAUCUGGACAGUAAACUACAGCGAUACUCCCCUGAAUGCCACCUGGUCCUCACUGUCAAAGAAGGAAUGCUUGAAAUACGGAGGGGAGUUAGUGGGCAAAGCCUGCGACUUUGUGCCCGACAUCACCCUCAUGUCCUUCAUCCUUUUCUUUGGCACCUACACCUGCUCCAUGUGUCUGAAGAAAUUCAAGACAAGCCCAUUCUUUCCUACUACUGUGAGAAAACUCAUAAGUGACUUUGCUAUUGUCCUGGCAAUUUUGAUCUUCUGUUGUGUUGACGCUCUGGUUGGGGUCGAUACACCAAAGCUCAUAGUGCCAAGCGAAUUUAAGCCAACAAGCCCAAACCGUGGCUGGUUUGUGCCUCCGUUCGGAGGGAACCCCUGGUGGGUGUACCUGGCAGCAGCUCUGCCUGCCCUGCUGGUGACCAUCCUGCUCUUCAUGGAUCAGCAGAUCACCGCUGUCAUUGUCAAUCGCAAGGAGCACAAGCUUAAGAAAGGCGCAGGCUAUCAUCUGGACUUGUUCUGGGUAGCUGUGCUGUUAGCAGUCUGCUCUUUCAUGGGUCUGCCCUGGUAUGUAGCUGCUACAGUUAUCUCCAUCGCCCACAUUGACAGCUUGAAGAUGGAGACCGAGACGUCUGCCCCUGGCGAACAGCCCAAAUUUUUGGGUGUCAGGGAACAGAGAGUCACUGGUAUCUUUGUCUUCAUCCUCACCGGUCUGUCUGUCUUUAUGGCUCCUAUCCUCAAGUUUAUACCAAUGCCAGUGUUGUAUGGAGUUUUCCUCUACAUGGGUGUCGCUUCACUCAACGGAGUUCAGUUUAUGGACCGGCUCAAGCUGCUCCUCAUGCCUGCCAAACACCAGCCAGACCUGAUCUACUUGCGGCACGUCCCACUGAGGAAGGUCCACCUCUUCACUUUCAUCCAGCUGCUUUGUCUGGCGCUCCUCUGGGUCCUCAAGUCCACUGUGGCUGCCAUUGUUUUCCCCGUUAUGAUCUUGGCUCUGGUUGCUGUGAGGAAGGCGUUGGACUUGAUCUUCUCCCAGCAUGACCUCAGUUUCCUGGAUGAUGUCAUACCUGAGAAGGACAAGAAGAAGAAGGAAGAUGAGAAGAAAAAGAAAAAGAAGAAACAAGGGAGCAUAGACAGUGACAUGGAAGAUUCUGACUGUCCUUACAUUGAGAAUGUGCCCAGCAUUAAAAUCCCAAUGGACAUGAUGGAGCAAGAGCCUUUUUUAGGAGAUAAGGCCUCUGACUCAGGAGAAAAGUCCCCUUCAUUUCUUGACCGAUAUACAUCUAGCUGAAAAGCGGCACUACUCUCAGACCAGCCCGAUGUCAAGUUCAGAGAGACUGCCAUUAAAUGUGCCUCAGAUUAAAAUAGAUCUGGACCCAGAUGACAACGAUGACUACUACUGGAGGAGUCGAGGGUCUGAGACGUCCAUAUAACUCCUCUAACCAAUCAGCUACAUAGAUUUUAUUAGCUCUUCCGAUUUGCUAGUAAAGACUGUUCCCCAUCAUGGAUCCAUUCUAUGAAGACUAAAUAACGGCUUCCACUCACUUAAUCACUCCAGUUUGCAAAGUUGUAAUUCCUAAACUACUAUGCAAUUCAGUUCAAUAUUUCACUUAUAGUACGUGCUGAGCUGUGAAGAAAUGCUGUAGCUGUUUUACCCAGUUCCACAACUGCUCCCUCCAUUUAUUCAUCCAAUACAAUAUAAUUCUUUUCCUUGAUUUUUUUGCUCCUCUACCUCUGUUUUACAUGGUAGGCAUUAUGUAAGAAAAUAAUGUAACUUUCUCAUGUUUUUAUUUGCACAGCAUGAGAUCUUAAUGUAGAUUUUUUUUUUUUUAUGUACAUCUUGAGCAAACUAUUCAGCAAAUGAUUUUUUAUUAUGAAGAGAGAGAACAACUGUGACAAUAUAUUAUACAGUAAUGUUUAACUUGAUUAACUUUUUAAUAAUGGUUAAUGUUAUUGAUUGGCAUUGAACAUGCUGUUUUUCAUAUUUUUUCAUUUAAUAUAGCGCGUUAUUAAAUUUCAUGUUUUGUUUUACAAACUAUAUUUCUGCCUAAUUAUCCAAACACGUUCUAGUAAGGUUGAAUAAUUAAGAAAGCCUAAUAAUUGAUUUUGCAUUUCAAGCCUGGUCCGGCAGUUGUUUUGUUACCUGGUUAUGGAAAAUGUCUAAAAGAAUAAAAGUGUACGUUUAUAACCUAUAUGAACUGGAAGGUCUGUUGUCCUUCAAAGGAUUUACCUAAGUGGCUUAAACCUGAAUUGCAAUAAUAUGUGUAAUUUCUUUAGGUUUGAGAUUCUCAUGUAAUUCAGAUCACUUUUUUAAAUUGUGGUUUAUAUGUCUUGUCGUUCAGUCUCAUAUUGCAAGUUGUGUCAUUUGUAAAAAAAUAAGUGUGUCAACAGUGUGGCACAUACAUUUGAAUGAAGAUGACAUUUGUGCUGCGUCACACAGUUCAUGUCCUAAACAUGUUCUCGUUGAUCCUUCAAGAAUUCCAAGAAGUAUCCUUCGACUUCUGCUAAUUUGUCAUCAUUUUUCCUCUCUUUCAAAAAACAACAGUAUACAAAUUGUAGUAUACAUUAUUUUCGAAAUCAACUUUUAACCUUGUAAGUAUAUAUUUUUUAACUUAUGUUUUUGGGGGUACCUAAAGAUUAAAUAUAUUGUGACGCAUGAAUUCUUGAACGAUGCUAAAUGUUAAAUUGUAGAGUGUGUAACAAUGAUACAUUUUUUAAUCAAGUUUUGUGAUUUCUUAGAACAAAACAGCUGAAAUUUAUUUUAGAAUGUAUAUUUUUCAAAGGAAAUGAAUAUUAAAAAACAAUUUAUUAAA